AUGACACAGGUGAGACCAUUGAUGAUUUAUGCGGAGUUGUGGCACGGGACGAGUCCCGUCCUCAACGCCACCGUCACUGCCCGGCUGACCCGCAAGUCCGCUGACGUCACAGACGACGUCAUCGUCCCCCUCACAGACGACGGUCAAGGAGGUAUGUCCCACGUUGAUCACGAUCACCAUUCCAGUGAAUUACUCUGA